AAAAAGUGGAGGAAGAAUGGUUGUGGUCACGUCGUUUAAACCACCAGAAUCUCCUAUAAGACUCGAGCAGUCAAACGUUGUGGUGAUUUUGGAUAAACGUGAUCUGGGCACCGGAACCCUAUUUGUGAGCGAAAGGACACUCAGUUGGCAAAAAGACGGGACUACGGGUUUUUCAAUUGAAUAUUACAACGUCUCGCUCCAUGCGGUGUCCAAAGACCCCAACGUGUGCGAGAGGGAGUGUAUUUAUAUUUUGACUGACCCCCACAUAAAUUUGUUUGGAGAAACUGACCAAAGGCCCGCAAAUGAUGACAGUGACGUUGAGUCAGAGCCAGACCUCUCGGAGCUGAUUUUAGCCCCCGAAAACCCCACACAUGUACAAAGUAUUUACGAGGCUAUAAAAAUUUGCCAAGAACUCAAUCCCGAUCCUGCCGAUGUUGACGACGAGGACGAUGAUAAUUUAUUCGCGGACGCAGAAGAAGAAAUGUUUAUAGAAGCAGAGUCUGAGCAGAUUGGGGACGCAGUUGUCGACAGUUUGGCCGAAAGGCUACAAAACAACUCAGUCGACGUCCAGUACAGCUACCGGAAUGGCAACGAGGAUGAGGAUUUUGAAGAUGCAGACUGAUCCCUGAAUUAUGUUAGGUUUUGUAUCUUUAAUUUUAAUCCAUUUUUUAUAAAACACUGACUAGUGAAAA